GCAGUGGCUAUACCAAGAAAGAAAACUCAACAAACAAAUUCUCAAGUACUGUACAUAUCAUCAUAUAAUCAAACCUUCAAUUCCAUGCUGCAACUUUUUUCCACACGCUUCCAUGGCUCACCACAUCCAAGAUAGCCCCAAGAAGAAGAAGAAGAAACCUCCAAACAAAAUCACCGUUCUUCGUUGCUUUGGAUUUUCAGGCCGCCGCCGGGAUGAUCAUAAUCUGUCUUCCGGUACUGAUAAACCCAAAUCCCCGCCCUCCGCCGCCGGCAAGAGGAGAAGAUUAUGGCUUAGCCUUUCACUGUGCCGGAAGCAGAAAUCUGCCGCCAAAACUGUUCCCAUAGCCGACGCCACGGCGGCGCCGGCUGAUGAUGAGGUCAACCGCAGCAAAGAAAUUCAUGUUAUUGUCAAGUCAGAUAGUGGUAAGAUCAAGAAGACCUCUUCCAAAAACCGCCAACUUCCGGCGGCUCCUGCCGCCGCCGCCGUAAGUCCUCCGCUGGUUCCCGCCGGAGAAACUAUCCUUCAUAAGACCAGUAAGGCUAGCAGGUACGAUAAAACUGAGAGCAUCAUCUUCGAGAAAACCAAAACCUCAGAUCACUCGAACUCCACGGAAAAUCUCACGAUUCAUAAAAAGGCAUCCAAGAAAAACAUCUCAGCCGGAGCCGGAGCAACGGACGACAAGGCCGUGCUCAGCCGCGACUCCUCAGCCGGAAAGUCACAAAUAAAGAAGAAAAAACCGGCGAACACGGCGGCCCACGGCGGCGUUCAUUCCGAAAGCAACAUUGACUCGACGAGAAACCAAGAUUCUACAUACGGAAUGUUGAUGUUAAUGGUGAUUUUAAUAAUAAUGUUGCUUUGGGGGAGAUUAUGCGCCAUCGUUUGUACGGCUGCAUGGUUCUAUUUCGUGCCACGAAUCAAGAGAAAUGAAGAACCGCCGGAAACUGCACGGCGGAGCGACGACGGUGGGGUUUCUAACGACGCCCUCCGUUUCAGCUCGGCGGAGAGGAAGAAGAAGGUGGUGUUGGAUGGAUUUCUUGAGAGAAAUAAUCAUCGUACGACAAUAAUUUUGUAGAUAUAUUAUAUAUAUAAUCAUAUCGUUACUUUUUGUCUCAAGAAAUUUUGUUCACUCUUACUUUUGAAUCCGAAAGAUGUUUUGAAACAUUUUACGUAUGGGUUUAUUUGGAUAUAAUGAAGUUAACUUAGUAUAGGAAUGAAAAUUUUGGUUUUGUAAAA